AUGGCCCAGGUCUGUCAGCCUAUGUUCAGGGUUAUUGGCCUGAACAGUUUUUGGAAGUGGUUCUACGAUGGUUCUACAGUGGUCCUUGUGGGUGCCCCAAAAGCUGAUUCCAAGUACAGCACUUCCGUGAAAUCCCCUGGGGCUGUGUUUAAGUGCCGAGUCCACACCAACCCUGACCGGAGAUGCACUGAACUGGACAUGGCUCGAGGGAAGAAUCGGGGCACCCCCUGUGGAAAGACCUGCCGGGAAGACAGGACCGAUGAGUGGAUGGGUGUGAGCUUGGCGAGGCAGCCCAAGGCUGAUGGCCGAGUGCUGGCCUGUGCCCAUCGCUGGAAGAACAUCUACUACGAAACCGACCACAUUCUGCCACAUGGCUUCUGCUACAUCAUCCCGUCCAACCUCCAGACCAAAGGCAGGACACUGAUCCCCUGCUACGAAGAGUACAAGAAGAAGUACGGUGAGGAACACGGCUCCUGCCAGGCCGGGAUCUCGGGCUUCUUCACCGAGGAGCUGGUGGUGAUGGGUGCCCCAGGGUCCUUUUAUUGGGCCGGGACGGUCAAAGUGCUGAACUUGACGGACAACACCUAUUUCAAACUGAACGAUGAAGUGAUCAUGAACAGGCGCUAUACUUACCUGGCCUUUUUAAUCUUCUAGAACGGAGAUGGACACCGGUUCAUGUAGCAGCCCCCAGGCGAUACUCCAGG